AUGAUCCGGGUUUCCUCUAAGGCCCCCGGGAACGGGAUACAAACAAGGUUCACGUACUCAGGAAGAGCAGUCGUUAACUUGGUCGUCGACAAGACCAGCGAGUAUUCGUCCGAAAAUUGGUACACCAGUGAUGAGGUCAAAGUCGAGGAUUGCACAGCAUUUGACUCUACGGGCGCCUGCGAUCAGAGGAACUUCGUGAGGGAGGAAGAGUCGGAGGCUGGUGGCCUCUGCGAUGACUGCACGCGGGAACAUGACGGGGACGUGUAA